UUUUAUUACGAUUUAUCACCCGUUGAACCCGUAGAUUAUACAUAUCGUACGGUGAUGGUGAUAGUAGAGUUUCCGAUACAGCCUCUUGAUUGUGUGUGCAAGGAGACAGAUGCAGACAAGGUUGAGAAUGUAAAAGAAGCAACGCGCUCCGUGUAUACAGCCAUGUUGUACAGAUUGUACAACAAAUGACCACGGAAAAGAACGGCACAAUAAGUAUUGAUUCAUUAUCAGCUGCAAGCGAACAUACAAUAAAUUAGCAGUAUCUUAAAGGAGACGCGCGCGUGUUUUGACAACAUCAGCACCACCUCAAAUGGAUGGAGUUGUCAUCUGAUCUUGGCGACAGAAAUCGCCCAACUUCAAGCGCCACGUAGGUGAGGGAUACAUGCUCAUACGGUAUUUUCAAUAGACGAUCAAACAAUUUUCUCAAGGUAAAUGUCGAUUACGAGUUUAGGCAUGGGGGCCUGCCUGCCUGUUGACUUUUGGUGUAGAUCGACUUUUGCUCUCCAGUUAUGUCAGAAAUGUUUGGUUGGCUAUAGGACAACCAUAGCAUGAUGACGUGCAACUAAUAGACCGUGUGAUCUUGGGAUGGAAUGAGUCAAAUGGAAAACCACAGUAGCAACAUCUGGACUGAAACCUAAAGGGGAAUGUGACAUGACACAAGGUUUCAUUGGAUAGGCAAUGACGUUUAUUCUGAGGUUGAGGCUCUGAGCAAUGGAGUCUCUAUUCGGCGGUGAGCUUAGGCUGCUGGGAGGUGGCGAGGGCUUAAAAGAGGACGGCUGUGGCGACGUGGGCUGGUCCUCCUCACCCCUCCCUGAAGACAUGUACUCCGCCUCCCACUUCACACUCAUCACCGCCUACCAGGACAUCAAGACACGGCUGGCGGGCCUGGAGAGAGAGAACAGCGGCAUUAAGAGGAAGCUCAAGAUCUACGAGAUCAAGUUCCCAAUGAUCAGUGAGUUUGGGGAGGACAGGAACUCCUACUGCAGCUUUGAGUCCAAGGAGAAUGCCCUGCUGCAGUCAGAGAAUGGCAACCUGCAACAGAGAGUCAACGCCCUCACUCACGAGACCCAGAAGAGGAAGGAGCGUGAGGAGCAGCUGGAGGAUGUGAUUCAGGCCUAUGAGAAAAUCCACAUGGAGAAGAGCAACCUCCAGAGAGACCUGGACAAGAUGACCAGCCUAGUGGAGAAACACGUAGAGCGAAUCCUAGGUCUGGAGUCUGCUCUGAGACAGAGGGACAACUCGCUACAGAAGUUCAACACCCAGCUACACAGCAAGGACAUCCAAUACCUGCAGCUGCACAGCCCAGACAAUCACAUGCUGGACUGUCCUGCGCUGACCCUACAGAACUCUCGUAGUCUAGACACUCUGUCAGACCUGAAGCUGCAGCGUCUGGAGGCGGAGCUAGAGGGGGUGCGGCACCAGGCCCAAGGGGCGUGUCAGAGGGAACAGGAAGUGAAGGCCGAGUGUGAGAGACUGCAGGAAGAACUGAAACAGAUCCAGAACAACCACAUAGAGAGGGUCAGUGAACAACACACACACACACCUAACACACUGGAAAUGACUUCGUCGUGUGAGCAGUGUGAUGUGGAGUGGAUCAAGAAGGUGGGAGAUGAGCAGGUGAAUUUGGCACUAGCCUACACAGAGCUAACUGAGGAGUUGGGACGUCUGCAGAAACUGAGCUCCAAACAGAAAGAGAUCCUGAAGAAGACCUCCCAGGAGCAUCAUAGCCCAGUCCAACGCCAAUCCCACCCCCCAUCUCCCAUUCAUCACCAACGCCACUCCCCUGUGCCCCAGCGCCACUCCCCUAUCCCGCCCCAGCACCACUCCCCUAUCCCCCAGCGUCGCUCCCCAGUUCUCCAGCCACAGCGCCUCUCCCCGGACAUGCACCGACGCUCGCCCCUGCUGGAAAUCAAUGAUGGGCCCGCCUCCUACUCCUGCCGGCCAGCCAGCCACCACCUGAGGGCUAGCUUCCAGGGCCGUCGCAGCUACUCCGAGGUCGCUGACCCUUCGGCCUACCAGCGCCCGCUGCGCCUCAGCCUGGACCCCGUGUCCACCCUGCCCAAGCCCCGGCCCUACAGGGACUCCAGCUACUCCAAGCAGCAUCAGCAGCACCAGCAUGGAGGCUCCCAGCAUGGGGGGUCCCCCCACAGAGGAGGCCAGCUCCGAGGUUCCCAGUCUGGGCUGCAGAGGGCCGGCAGCGAGGUGGGCCUCCACGAAAGUUCCCGCCACGCUCGAGAGCUGCCCUUCCCCCUGUCCGAGGUCUCUCCCAGGUCUCACCUACACUUUGAGCCCCCGCCACCCCCCACACCCGCCCCCCAGCUGCCGCAGUCCUCUGAAGACGAGGAGGAGUGGACCUGCCCGCACCCCAUCAGCCCCCCACGGACGCUGGGCGUGCCCAACAAUGUGUCGCCUCAUGGGGUCAUGAGGGGGCCGGCGUCCUGCUCACCCUUCCCCAUCCCCUCCAGACCCAACACCCUGACCUGCCACCCGUCAAGUUACCUGCACACAGAGCACGCCCAGUCCUGGCCCUCCAUCAAUCUGUGGAUGGAGACAGAAGAGAGUGACAUGAGGAGCUGUCCUCUGUGCCAGCUCAUCUUCCCCAUUGGUUACCCUGAUGACGCCCUCAUCAAGCACAUCGACUCGCACCUUGAGAACAGCAAGAUCUGAUCGCCAUGGCAGCACUGCACCCUCUUUUUAGUUGCUACUGUUUUUUACUUAUUGUGGAGUUAUUUUAGGUUUUAUUGCGUUUUUAAGCUGGCUAGCUUUUGUUUGACAAUACUUGAGGGCUUUUUGUGGGAUUAUUAGCAUGUUUGGAAAAAUAGGUGGUUUAAGAAAUGACAUGGAUGGCGUUGAGGUUCAUGACAGACAAUUUCCUUGACAGAUGCAAGAUCAGGGACAUUCCAGGCAACUUGCAGUCCAUUUCUUUUUAUAUCUCACACUUUACCAGUACUACUUGCUGUAAAGUGUCCUGCUUUACUUUCCUCUCUACCUAUGUACAGCAAUACAGACCAACACAAUGAAUUCCUGGAAUUAUUUGGGUGACUCUAAUGGAUAGAUCCAGUCUGUUUUUUAUUCAGGGCUUUGCGAUGUGCAGUCAGAGGUCAGAGUUAUGUUAUGGAGAGAGUAUGGCUGUGUUAAUUGUAUGUAGAAAUGAAUUUGUCCUGCAGGGCGGGCAUGUAGUUGGCGUGACGACCUCGUUGUAGUGGAAUGGAAGGAAGGCAUAGGCAGUUUAUCUUUAGGCUUGUGGCCUGAUCAAAACUCUAUAUGAAUCUUAGCACCUUAAAUUAACCUAAAUGAGCCUAUAUUAAAGCAUAAUUCCCCCCCACCUAAAAUGUCCAGUUAAUGUAUAGUUUGAUAUAUCUGUUCAUUAACAAGUCAAAAGAAUCUUAAGAUAUAUUUUAUAUUUUCUUCUCCAAAUGAUAAUAUGUCACACAAGUAUCAUGUUGGUGACAUUUCACCCUCGCAGGCUUACACACAGCUGUAUGUGGAAAGUAGGAAAGGAGGACUCCUUAUAGGGAAAAGAGUGCAUGGAAAAUAUUUGUAUAUGAUAACAGUGAUUCAACUGGGAGUCUCUUUAGUCUUCCUGAAGAAACGACCUGAAAACACUUAUAGUGGAACACUAUUUAUCACUUUUGUCCAAAAGAAAACAUUUCUCAAUCCUUACAGUCCAACACUGGCACACUUAGUAUUUUGUAUCUUAUACAUAGAUAUCUUAAAUAUAACCUCCAAAAUUCAGAGUGAGUGUUUGGGGUAAUAUUAUGGAAUCACUUUUUUUUUAAAUGAGUCGAAUAUGUUGUACAUAAUUGUUAUCUGAUGUUUUGGUGAGACACAGUGGCUGCGUUUACACAUGUCAAAACACACCAAUCAUAGUGUAACAGAUUCGAAUUCGGCUGCAUGUGUAAAUACAGCCAAUGUCAAUGUGUCAAUGUGUAUCCAUCAAUGCAUUUAGGUGGUUGUCAAUUUUGGACAAAAUUAUACUCAGAAUUCACCAUCAUGUCAAGUUGAACAAUGAAAUAACACAAGGGCCAUACAUUGAUUUGAGCAAAUCAGUGGCCUUUUAGAAACCACAAAUAUUCUAUACUGUUAUGUAUAUUCAUAUAUCACUCUGUGUAAAACUUUUAAAGCUGUGUACAGACAGGUAUUGUAAGCCUAAUGCAAGUUCUUCUGUGGUCCAUAACUUUAAUCAGGACAUCUGCUAUUAAUAAUCUCUAUUAUCCUGGCUACCAAUUUAAAAUAUACACAGAAAAAUCACAUUCUGCUAUUAAUCUAUUUUAUGACCUACUGGUUUGAAGUACCGUUCUUGCUAGCUUAUCUUCAAUCAAUUUAACAACCUACAUAACUAAUACAGAAUGCUGUUGAUAAGCAUUUGAUAUAUUCUUGGCCCAAUUUGUUAUGUACCAAAGAAGAAAUGUAGCACACCAUAGUUUGGUUACUAUAAGAGCUAUAUAUAGCUCUUAUAGUAACCAAACGAUGGUGUAUAUAUAUAGUUAACUAAAUAUUCUAUAGUAGGCCUACAAACGGGUGGAAAAUUAACAAACUCACCUAUGUCAAAUCCUAUGGUCAUAUGUAAAAAAAAAUAUGCAGACACACCUUUACAUCUCAAAAUUAUUUCACUUUGGGAACUCUGUUCCCACGCAUUCCUGACCCUCGGUAGUACAUCUACAUUCUCUUUUGAAGCUAACAAUGAUCUAUAUGAUUGUGGAGUUAGAAUAAUGGUAUCAAUUGCUAGCCAGCCCACACAAAGACAACUUUGUCUGUCAUUGGCUGUGUACAGAAUGCCAUGUUGGAUUGUACCUUUUGAUUACUUUGAAUGAAGUACCCUUUCAUAACCAAAGAAACCUAGAUUAGAUUUAUGUACAAGAUAUACACUUAUCUCUCUUGAUGAUGACCAAGUAUCAAUUAAGCAUAUCAUGUUCACACAGAUAUGAAUGGAGAGAUAAUACACAGAUAUGAAUGGAGAGAUAAUACACGGAUAUGAAUGGAGAGAUAAUACACGGAUAUGAAUGGAGAGAUAAUACACGGAUAUGAAUGGAGAGAUAAUACACGGAUAUGAAUGGAGAGAUAAUACACGGAUAUGAAUGGAGAGAUAAUACACGGAUAUGAAUGGAGAGAAGACUAAAAUGUCAGUGUAAAUAGGAAUGGAGAGACGAUACCGUUUUAAGGAAAGCGUUCAUGACCAAAAUAUGUUGACCAGCAGCUGUAGUACAUAGCAAACACGCCUAUCAGUUCACAAUGUUAAGCAGUCAAAUGUAUAUACAAUACACACACGCACAGUCUGACACUCAAACCGCUAUCCACAAAGAGGUAAGUUAAGUAAAGAUUUCCUCUCCGGCUUUUUUGUUGUUGCUGCAAAUCCUCCGUCAAGUUUCAAAUCAGAUCAAACACUGACAUUGACAAAGUCUAUAAACCUUCCUUCUAGCUCUGUGACUUAUCUGAUGAUAACAGUAAACCCUCGCGUGGAAAAGCCUCGACGGCUGACUGAUAAGAGCUCGACAGAUCUUUCUCACAAGCUGAAGGGCCACUACUGAGGAAGAAGAAUCACUAUGGAGGUGUUUUGUGCACCGCUGGAUUUCAAGGACUUUCAACAACUUGUAUUUCAAAAUUAAAAAAUAGUUGCGUAAGGAGUUGUGACUUUUUCUUUCUGUAUCUACAUUUCCUGAAAAAUAAACUGGAACUUGCACUGAAA